UGAUGGUUAAAUAUUUUGAUUGCAGUCUCUGUUUUUAUUGCUGCAUCACCUGUAAAAAAAUAAAAUAUGUUAGGAUCUGUUGAUGCCACAAAAAAACCAUUGAGAAUUCCACCAAGAUUUAUUCCUUACAUGGAAAAACACGGAAUUUAUGAAUUAUUUUAUGAAAUUGCUGAACAAUUAAUUAUCAAAAAACCAGAUGAUCAUUUAUUGUACAUAAAACAAUGUCUAAAACACGCAUCAAGGUCAAGAGAUUCUCCAAGAAUCAUCAUUUUUUCUCCACCAAAUUUCGAUAAACACCUACUAGCUGAAUACCUGGAAAAAAAAUUAAACAUAAAAUGUAUACGUGAAGAUACAUCAGAAACACCUGAUUCAACUGAUAAAAUUUUCGAGAAUAUAAAAAUAAAAUUAAAGGCCCUUUACACUCAAGAAUCUGGAUGGUUAUUUAUUGACUUUCCUCGGACUGCAUUAGAGGCAAGAAUAUUUCAACGAGCUGGUAUACUGCCCACCCAUGUGGUAGAAAUAAUUUGUACUGAUGAACCAAGUGAAUCAAAUUAUUCAUCACUCGAUAAUUCAACAAGUUCAAAAACAAAUUCAUCUAUAUUUAUAAAUAAUACACAUGAAGAAUCAUCUUACGAAAUGGAAAUUCAUGGACUUCGUGAUGCUUAUGCCAAUAAACUUAUUACUGUUAAAACAACUGGUAAAACUUUGGAAGAAAUUGGAAAUGAAAUAAUAAUAUUAUCAAAAAUAAGAAAAAAAAUAUCACCAUUUAUUAAUUAUCGUAUAUUAUUAAUUGCUCCAAGAGGAUCUGGACAUAGAUACAUUGCAAAAUAUUUAUCAAAUAAAUAUAAACUUGAAUAUAUUGAUUUUGAUUAUCUUUUAGAACAAAAUAAUAUUCAAAAUUCAACAUUAGGUGAUAAACUUAGAUCUCUAAAAUGUCAUUGGAGUAAUCGUCCAGAGCCUGCUGUGAGAAUCAAAGUAAUUGAGAAUAAAUUAUUAAGUCAUGAGUGCUUAAAAAAAGGAUGGAUAUUAGUUGGUUAUCCUAUAAAUGUUAAAGAUUUUCAAAUGUUGGAUUUACUUCCAACUGUGCCAAACAGAGUUAUAAUUUUGUCUAUCGAUGAGGCAAUCUGUAGAAAACGAGUGUUAUCUAAACUACUUGGAAAUGAUGAUCAAAAGUAUUUGAAUUUUGACAUUGAAAAAGUUCAUUUAAAUGAGCACUAUUUAAAAGCCAAACGAGAUUUGAAAGAAUAUUUUGAAAAUAUUAAAAUGUUGAUGGAUUAUGUGGGCAAGUCAGCAGCGAUUGUUGAUGCUGGAAUUGAUGAUUUAAUUAAGGUCAAAGACAUGGUUGAUUCUUGUUUAGCUAGAGCUCCUCCAUUUUCACAACAACGUAUUCGUAAAUCGAAAUGUAAAAUUAAACCAGAAGAUGUAGAAUAUGAACCAGAUGAUCCUCUUGAUUUGACUGAAAUUGUCAAACAAAUUCAAAUAUCUGAAUCAUUAAUUUCAUUAAUUUAAAUUAUCAUCUUCGUUGUGAAAUAUUUUUAUAUUUUCAAUCCAAUUUGAUAAUUCGAUCUUUAAAUUGUGGGUAUCAAAGUGCAUUUUUAAAUAUAUACUUUCGUAAAUUUUAUAAUUUUUUAUAACAAUUUCAUUGUAUUUCUGUGAAUUAACAAUUUUAUUUUAUAAA